GGGACCCUGUGCCCAAGCCGGGUGCUUUUUAGCCUUCCUCGGGCUGUACGGGGCCGGCAGGGAGACGGGAACGUCCCGGGGCACAGUGGGCUCCUCUCCGUGGGCUUCGGCGUGGGUGCAUGGAACCCGCGACGUAGGCACCCGGCGGGUUGGGAAGGUUGAGCCCGCUCCCACGGCGGCGCACCAGUCUGGGUUCUUCCGGCCGUGCCCGUCCCUCCGCUACCUUCCAGCUCUUUGAGAACCUUCAUCUUCACCAUCCUGUCUAGACCCAAGGGCCAGGCGGAGCUGUGAGCAGCGACGACGCCUCCAUGGAUCCAGUUCAGAAACGUAACUCAACACUGAUUCCCGAAUCUUCCCCGAUGAGCUCUGAAGAGACCUCCCGGGAAGUCACAGCAGCCUCCCCUCCGUCCUUCUCAGAACUGCUAAUGAUGGGCCUCGGUGACCUCAAAACCGGUCCGGGCACCAGAUGCCCUGCCCCUCUGCCAGAGGGGCUGCUCCAGCAGCGGUACAGGGAUGAGAAAACCCUCCAAGAGAGGCGGUGGGAAAGGGCAGCGUCCCCUCAGAGGAAGAGAACACUUCUGGGGCCUGUGAGACGGCGACACCUCGAUCACGUGGCACCUUACCGGGUCGAGAGGAAGGCCAGGAUCCCUUCCUCGGGGGAUAGGGAUCCGAACAGAUUCCGAUGUGAAUGUCGAUACUGCCAGAGCCAUAGGCCCAGCGUCUCCGGGAUGCCUGCAGAGAGGAAAGGGGCCCCGCAUCCUUCCUCCUGGGACACGCUGGUGCAGGGCCUCAGUGGCUUGACCCUCAGCCUGGGGACCAGCCGGUCCGGCCUUCUGCCCGAAGGGGUGCUCCAACAGCAGGAGAGAGAGGAGAAGCUCCAACUGGAGAUGCAGCAGGAAAGCAAAAGAAUGUUCCAGAGGCUCCUGAAGCAGUGGUUGAAAGAAAACUGAGGCUCUUGUCCUCACGUGACAGAGAUCUGAACGGAUUCAGACGUGGAGGCUGGUGUGGCCAGAUCCUGAGCGUUGGUUCCUUUUGGGGACCGAACAGUAAGCGGUCAGAGAAGUCAGAGAAGGAGCAAAAGCAGCGUGAGGACUGGACACUCGGUCCGUGUGAGCGUGGAGCCAGUCCCUUUCCUGCCUGGAAUUUCUGGGUCACCGUGGGGCUUUCUGUGGUUCACUGCGUACCAGAGGUCCUUAACUUCCGUGUUUCGGCUCCCGUGAUGCAUGUUGUCACUUUCCCACCCCGGAUGUCUGUCUCUCCUCCCUGCCUUGUCGUCAGUAAGAUAUAGGGUUUCUCUGUAGCAUGAAUGCCCUGGUGAUGGCCAUGUGCUUUCGUGCCGUGUCACUGACCGCCUCCCAGAAGCAGCACUAGGUCUGCUGGGAUGCCCGUGCGCUCAACUGAGCCCCACUUCCGAGAAUCUGACGCUAAAUCGAGCAUCUGACGGAAAGGGACGUGGAACUGGAACGUGGGGGUUCACCACGGUGUUCUCUGUGUAAGCCAUUAUGAAUACGCUGAGCUAAAUGUAGGUCAACGUUUCCCUGCUUCGUGACAUUGAUGGUACUCCCCUUGGCGGAAUUUCUGAUGGGUUGCCUCGUCAUGCGUACCAAAUAAAUCUGCGUAUGAAAGGAAAA